AUGUCUGACGUUCCAGCGAGCAAACAAGGCACAAGCCCAAGGCUUGAGAGCCCGCCGUGCGCAACAUCGCCAGUCCGGAUGGAAUGCAGUAUGCCAAGUGUCUCUAUAGCCGGCUCGCAAGAACCCAGGCUGGAGGCCAACGGACAGACGCUCGAAUCGAAGCUUUCCGCUGCUUCGGAUGCCAACACUCAGCUGCGGGAUUGCAUCUCGACGAACGAGACACUGAAGGCGGCACUCGGGUUUGAA